UAGAAACCGUUUGGACCAACUGCUCGGGACGCGCACGAGAAGGAGCGGGGAACGCAAAUAACGCGCCAAAACGAUAUCCAAACAAGCCAUCCGGCACGGAGGCACGAUCCGCUAUGGAUGAGGAGAUAGAGCGGCAACUAUGAGCAAGCGUGUGAGGGCCCGCGAGCCCCCGACAGCGAGGACGACGCAGGCGAGGUUCGUGCCGCGGCCGCCACGAGGGCCAGAGGGCACGACGGGUUCCAGGAGCAGCAGCAGAGCCACCACCACCACCACCACCAGCCACCAUCGUAGCAGUAGUCGUCGAGCACCGAUUGCGUUGGCCACCACCGGCGCAACCAUCGACACCACCAACACCACCACCAUCGCCAGCCGCCGCACCGAGAUGGCGGGCCGUCGGUGGCCAUCUUCGGUUGCUUCCGGUCGCUUCCUUUCGAGCGUUUCCGUUGGCGUCCCGGUCGCCGCCGUCGGGCUGCUGUUGAUUGUUUUCUGCGGCGAGCUCGCGCGCCUCACGGGCGGGGUCCUGGCCGACGAGGUGAUCGGGGUGGCCCCCAGCGCCACCGUGCCGCCCACCGAGGAGGUGUGGACCACGUCCAGCAACGAGAACGUCGGCACCGGAGAGGCAGCCCCGUUCAAUGCGACAGCCCGUGGUCAAAAAAAGUUUGGUGAUAAAUGCGAGAGCACCACUGAGUGUGGCUUCGCCGGAUCCUUUUGCGAUCCGAAGAAGCACACAUGUCAGUGUACUGUCGAUUUACCAGCAACGAACCACAUCGACAAAUGCGGCAAAAAGCGCCAAGUGAACGAAACAUGCUUCUUCAGCGAACAGUGCGAAGCAGUGACCGAGCAGACGGAAUGUCGCGAUGGACGCUGCGUGUGCCUCUUCGAAAUGAAUCCCUUCUUCAAGCCGGACGGCAGUGUCGAGUGUCGCGGUAGGUAGUGGCCACCUUUGCGCGAGCGACGGGAGCUUCACUUACGCUGUUUCCUUUUUCCGCCCAAUGUAGCCCCGAUGAACAAGCCGAUCGAACCGGAGAAGUACAUCGACCCGGCCAUGAUUGGUGUCCUGGUGGCGAUGGCCGUCAUGUUCAUCAUCAUCUGCGUCGUUUUGCGACUGUUCAGCAAGGCCCGUUGGCGCGAGAACCGUACCAUCUUCAACACACCGAACCCACGGUUGAUGAACGUGUCGUUGCUACGCGACAACAAACUGCUUCACGGCCAGGAGCGGCGCGGAUCGCGCAUGUCCGUGCGACUACCGUCCCGGCAGCCCAGCAUGGCCUCAUUGCGGCCGCACUCUCCGAAUGCAUCGAUAGGUUCACGACGUGGGUCACGGGGAAGCAGCAAUGCAUCGGCCACCUCCACCAAGUCUAACCGCAGCGCCACGCAUCACCACCCCAAGGAUAAUGGGGCCGCGCAUCAGCACGAGAGCGUCACGGUGGAGAUUGCGGAGAUCAAGUCCUAAAUCGACCCGGCUGCGGACACGCCUCUAACCAACGUGACUCUUGAAGACGAAGGAGAAGGCGCUAACCAUGUGACAUUGCAAUUUCUCGAAGCGAGCAGGCAAAUUUAAGUUUUACUUCGGUUGUGCACCGCCAAUGACCAGACACCACGAAGCAGCGCGCUGCCCAGUGGUGGCACCCGCGUUUGACACCCGCACGUUGAUCUUCCGGCGGGAGGGAUCAACUUCCGGCUUCCGGCAACACCACCAUUCUAGGGACCAUUUAGUGUGUUGACACACGCGACACGAGUUUCACGGCCCCGAAAGCGCCCGAAAGCACCAACUCGCUUCAAAAAUAAGCCCACAAAAAUUGACCUACAAAAACAAAACUAAAUCUAGCGUUUACAAACAAAUAACGACACCACGCACACAGCUAAACACGUCCAUUACGACACAACCGUGGGCGAACUCUCUCGUACACCUGUGCCGAGAUCUAUUGUUCUCUGUUUAAUGUAGCAAAAUGUAAAAUCGGCACGAUGAGAGUGGAGUGAAGCGUGCGAGAAUCGUGCCAGCACGGGACAGCACGUGCACAAUGGAAGUGAAAAAGUGAACAUUGUAGGAAGUGCGAAGUCUAGCUGAUUAUCGCCUUUGGCGUAGAUCCUGAGCACCGUUACGCCCGCAGAUCGGGCGCCAGAGCAACUCAGAACACUCAUUUUGAAUGUUGAUUUUUCGUUUCAUUUUCUGAUCAAUAUUUACUUUAACAUUCUCACACGUGCGGUCUUAAACAUGCAGUCGCACAUACAGACAUACACACAACAUGCAUAUAAAUAUAUACAUUUAAAAUGCCCAGAACUGGGAAAUGAGGAAGCUGUGGUGAAAAAUGAUGGACAGCAGCAGUGAAAAUUAGGAACAAUGGUAACCAAACGCAGGAAGGCAAGAAGCAGCAUUUCUCAACCAUUGACUACACAUGACAAUCGUAGGAGAGGAAACGAUCGACGAAGCAUUCAUAUGAUCACGAGAGAGGGGUGUCUUAAACGUGGUGAAACAGUUGGUCGUUCAGUGGUACUACUAAAGUGUGUGCUGGACAGCAAACAAAACCCGGCAAAGUGUCCGUUAUGUGAUAGGAGCACAAAGUAGGACAGUAUCUGCCCACUAGAGGAGUGAAUCCUUUGACGCGCGAAGCAAUACCGAUCGACCAACCAACGGUCGAUGGACGGUCUGAUUGAAGUCUGAACUGUUCCGAGACCGCUAUUGCUCCUAAAUCCUUUGCGAAAAGUGAGGCUGGCAUGCAAUGGGAGCAUUUCCAUCUGUUUUAACCCAUCAUGUCCCGUUACGCCAUCGAAAGCCGCCUUCACCCGGCCAACGUGAGCCAACAUACGCCCAGGCCGGGGUGCGAAGCAGACAAAAUACAUGUACAGCCUCCGCCGUAGGACGCGAUUUUCAAACGGUAUCGACAAUGCAUCUUUUCCGCUCUGCUGCACCGACUUUCUGUUCUUGUUUUCAACGAAAAAUCUUGUAUAACUUGCCGCACCGGAACCGCCAUAGUCUGAAAAGCAUGAAAAUGUGAACAAAAAUAGCAACCCUUUGAAGCAAAUGUUUCGAAACAGCAGCGACACCACAACUGAUAGCAACCCGUGCAAGGAUCAUUCCAUACUGAUUGCCAACGCAGGUUUCUGCUCCUUACUGUAUCCGGAACAAGCAGUGGGAAAAGAAAAAUGUGUUGCAAAAAAAACCAAAAGAAACUAGUAAACCAAUUGGAUUAAAAAGUGUCACGUGGCAGUGGUGGGGUUUGCUGAACAGAGAAACAGGGUGGACCUUACAGCAGAGCAAUCGAGUUUAAAAAGCGGGGCAAAAACACAAAUAACAACAAACUGCAUGUGAUAUCAUCGAAACAAAGCCAGCUCUAUGCUUUCGAUUUGUAGGCUUAAGCUGCAAAAUCUGAAUGAGUAUCGUUUGUGAUCAUCUCUCCCAAACAAUAAUGAUAUCGAUAAAAUAUAGAGAAGAAAAAACAAACAAAAAAAAACAAUAAAAACGAAAGCAAAAUACUCUCAAACUCAGCACACAAAAGGACGUGUCCCAAUUUGGAAUAUCUUAGCAUACAGGCCGUCUUGGUUUUCAACAACCAUUUACUUUGCAAAGCAUAUGAAAACAAAAUAAAACUAGCAUAAAGUACACACAUCUUUACAAGCACUGCGCUGCCAAAUAUGGGAGAAUUUUCAACCAAAAAAAGAACAAAACCCGAGGAGAAAAAAAGAACAAAAAAACGGCUUAAUACAAUUUAAAUCCAGCGACCGACGAACCAAAUAGUAGUUGAAGACGGGAACAUCGUCCCCCCAAAACCGACGAUACCAACCAAAGCUUUACCAUUCCACGAAACGACACAAGAUAUGGUCUGUAGAAUAUUUUUCGUAAAAUAGGGGAAGAUUUUAGGAAAAAUAUUCUUGGCAUUAUAUUCUUACACCCAUUCUUGUCACCCAAAACUCGCGUUAGUAAGACCUGUACCUUCACUACUACCGUAGUUGUCGCCUGGGUACGCGGGCGCCAGAUGGGCGCCAGAGCGCAACAACGUUUAAGAUUUACCAAUUUACACACUACCUUAUCCGUAGCAGGCCAUGUGAGCUUAUCGACUAAUUCUCUAUUCAAAAGCUUUAACUGAUGGAUUGAAACGAAGGCAUAUUAGCGUUGUGCGGCCCGAAAAGGCAGGCAAACCGAGGCGAAGUGACGCAGCGAGUCGAAAUGGUUGUAGAAUCGAAGACGACAUCUCUAGCAGUUAGUCAAGUAGGAGAAACUAACGUUGGUAGUGUUCUUGGUGUAGUGACCUAUAGUGACUAAUGAUAACUAGGGCAACAAGCAGUCGUAGGCUACUAAUCUCCUUUUUCGCUAUUUCUCCCGACACUCUAGACGUAAGGAUAACAAAUGGGUCAGCUGCGAACGAGUGAACCGUAUAAAAUGCAAACGUAAAUCAAAUAAGUAUAUAAAAUCAAUUUACUUUAUAACAAAUCAAUAUAUUCAUUCUAUUGUAGUGCUGCUUUAUACAAAUAUAUAGAAGGACGGUCUUACACACAUAUACAUGAGUAAAUUGAUACAGCCUAUUUCUUGAACUGUCCGUUAAGCCACAUGUAGAGAAGAGUUAGAAUUCGAAAACAGUGAUAAGACCAGAACCAUUUAUUAAGCAAAAAGAAUGGACGAUAGAAGAAUGACGAGGCACUGCGAGCAAAGAAUUACAUUUUAAUCUGCAACUAGCGAUAUAAAAUAGCAACGCAGAGGCCAGUAGUAGACGACCGACAGACCGUCGCCCAGUCGUGAGGACGCCGAAGAUGCGGAGAUUUUGGAGGUUGUUUAAUUUUAGUUGAUAAAAUUACAGCCACUGAGUACCCAUCGGCGUGCUGGCUGCGCUGUUGAAACUAUUUUCAAGACCGAAGAAGAAGAGUACCACUUACAAAUACCUAGUAACUUUGUACCAACACCCCUAGCACGGAACAUUCUCUGUUCAGUUUCAGAUCGCGCCUUGUAUGUAACUGCUGAUGAUGGAACGAUCGACGAAUGGUUGCGUAUGAUGAACUCCUGAAAGUAAUUUGGGCCAAACAUUGUGUGGUAGAAAGCUAGCGGCUGGUGAAAGCUGGCUCGUAGUAAAGAAACAAGAUAUAAGACACUAUUUUCCGACAAGAGGGUUGAGAUAAUGUAACCACACAUUAACGCAGUAGUAAAUAGGAGAUAAAAAAGUAGAGCGACACAUGAAGCAAAACCAACAGCGUUCCGAUUAAGUGCAGUAGAGAGCCAGUAGAAACUAGAGCGAAUGCACCGAUCGCAGAGGAGCAUUACGAAGUUUUAUGAAGCAAAUCGCAGAAUGUACUAAACCCGUUUUGGUUGGUUAUCAUUUUCUUGGGCAUAAUCUCGUUUUCUAACAAUGAAUGGAGAUUUGAAAAGAGCAGGGAAAUAAAAUUUGAAAGAGACGGUGCAAAACGCCUGGUAUUUUGAAAUUUGGGGAAGAAUUUCAAAGACCUCCUGGUGUUUUGCAUCGAUGGCAUUGGAAACGUUCUGGUUCUGUUACAACAUACAUGACACAUUUCAUGAUAAUAAUAUUCAUUAGAGCCAGGAAGUAGAAUGAAAAGAAAUAGAAAAUAGACACAAAUGGCAGACCGAAACGGGAAGCAUAGACCAUAGCUGAUGCAAACUACUUUUGCUAUGUUUAAUUGUCUUGUUCAUUCGUAAGCUCUUAUUUACAACAUCUCCAGUAGCCAUGCUCUUUGAGUACUAUUUAAAUGGAUGGUAGUCGUAGAGUAGACACGAGAGAAAAAUAUUAACAACUAGGAAACUAAUAUCAUGAAACGACGACAACUGUAUACAACGCUAUUUUUCCUACUUCUUUUAAUUAGCAGAUACGGAGGAACUUAGAUUCAAAAGUAGUCAUUCGAAGCAAUGGACUCCUCGUAAUUAGAGUAGAGCCAGUGUGGCAGGUGAAACGUUUUCCAUCACAUCCAGGACGCCGAGCAAAACUGCUCAUAACUACUACUGUUCUAUCUCCUAUUUAUUAUAGACGAAAACUACCAAGCCAGGCGACACCGGGAUUGUCGUCCGAGCGCUACUACCUGUCUGGCGCAAAGAUAUUUUUCUAUGCGAACAUGGUGAAUGGUCGACCGCCGAUUGUGAGCCAUGCUAGUCUUCAAAACAGAACAAAAAAAAAGAUAAAAAUACUUUAACUUUCCAAAAACAUGCUGUUCUAUCACGUGCCGACCCACAUUGAUA